ACUUCCGGGCUGCGUUUGCCCCCGGUACUGUUCUCGGUUCCCGGAGCUAGCGGGAGCCGCCGGGCCGUGUGGGCCUGUGCUUUGGAGGCGCUCGCUUUCCUGGCAGGCAGCGGCAGAGCAUGCGCUGGUCCAUGGGUACCAGGCCAGUUCUUCAUGUGAUGUGCCAGCCUCCAGUCCCAGAGCCAUGGGGGAGAUGAGGUAGCCCUUGGGUUUGAUUUGGGGAAGCCCAGUUCAAUGGAUACGAAGUACAAGGAUGACUUAUUCCGGAAGUACGUGCAGUUCCAUGAGGGCAAAGUGGACACCACCCCCGGCAACCAGCAGCCUGGCAGCGAUGAGUACCUGCGCGUGGCAGCUGCCACCCUGCUCAGCCUGCACAAGGUGGACCCUUUAUAUCGAUUUCGGCUGAUCCAGUUUUAUGAGGUGGUGGAGAGCUCCCUCCGCUCUCUGAGCGGCUCCAGCCUGAGUGCUCUGCACUGCGCCUUCGGCAUGCUGGAGACAAUGGCCAUCAACCUCUUCCUGUUCCCCUGGAAGAAGGAGUUCCGCAGCAUCAAGACCUACACUGGCCCAUUUGUUUACUAUGUCAAGUCCACGUUGCUGGAGAAGGACAUCAGAGCCAUUCUAAGGUUCAUGGGCUAUGAGCCUGAGUUGGGGACUGUGUACAAACUCAAAGAGCUUGUGGAGUCCCUCCAGGUGAAGAUGGUCUCCUUUGAGCUCUUCUUGGCCAAGGUCGAGUGUGAGCAGAUGCUGGGCAUCCACUUGCAGGUGAAGGACAAAGGCUACUCAGAGCUGGACGUGGUGGCUGAGCGCAAGAGCAGCACGGAGGAUGCGAGAGGGUGCUCAGAUGCACUGCGGAGGCGGGCUGAGAGUCGGGAGCACCUGACCACUUCCAUGGCUCGUGUGGCACUCCAGAAAUCAGCCAGUGAGCGAGCGGCCAAGGACUACUACAAGCCCCGAGUGACCAAACCCUCCAGGUCGGUGGAUGCCUACGACAGCUACUGGGAGAGCAGGAAGCCCCCCUCGAAGGCCUCACUGAGUCUGCGCAAGGAGCCCCUGGCCAUGGAUAUAGGGGAAGACUUGAAGGAUGAGAUCAUCCGCCCAUCCCCCUCAUUGCUGGCCAUGUCCAGCUCCCCCCAUGGUAGCCCUGAUGACCUUCCCUCCAUCUCCUCCAUCAAUGGCCUUGGCCUUCUUCGUAGUACAUACUUUUCCACUCAGGAUGACGUGGACCUGUAUACAGAUUCAGAACCCAGGGCCACCUACCGGAGGCAGGAUGCUCUGCGGCCCGAUGUAUGGCUGGUCAAAAAUGAUACCCACCCCAUCUACCACAAGCGUUCACCCCCCACCAAAGAGUCUGCCCUCUCCAAGUGCCAAAACUGCGGCCUGUCCUGCAGCUCCUCCCUCUGCCAGCGCUGUGACAGUGUGCUGGUCUGUCCUUCGGCCUCCAAGCCCAGCGCUUUCCCCAGCAAGGCUUCUGUACACGACAGCUUGGCCCACGGGGCACCUAUGCGGGAGAAGUAUGUGGGUCACCAGACUCAGGGCCUUGACCGGCUGGCAUCUGUCCACUCAAAGCCCAAGCCCUCUACCACAGCCACCUCCCGCUGUGGCUUCUGUAACCGUGCAGGUGCCACAAACACAUGCACCCAGUGUUCAAAAGUUUCCUGUGACGCCUGCCUCGGCGCCUACCACUACGACCCGUGCUGCAGAAAGAGUGAGCUGCACAAGUUCAUGGCCAACAGUCAGCUGAACUACAAGUCCACCCCGUUCUCCCAGCUCGUGUACAGAUAGGCCUCACCCCCAUCUUCCGCUACAAGGGCUACACACCACUGACCUGGCUUGGUCCCAUCAAGAGGUAACAGAGCUGCCCAGGAAGGAAGCAGAGACUUGAGCUUGACCUUGGAAGCACCAGGGUUACUGCUUUGUCACAUGGCUCACGUAGCAGGUCACAUUCCAGCCUGCGGCUGCUGUGUGGUCCGAAGGACAGGAUGGCACUUCCAUUCAGUCACUUCGCUGCCCUCUCCACUCCCUGCUCAGCUGGUAUGGGUUUGGGUUCUGGUUCUGGUUCCCUUGAAAUAAGUCUCUGUCUCUGGGACUCUUGCCACACCUGCCCCACCCACUGCAAAGCCAGCUUGGACUGGGAAGGAGCCUUUGGGGUCACCUUCAAAUCCCCACCAGGAGUGGCGAGCUAGAGGCCUGCUGGCUUGUGAAAUGAGCCCUCCUGCCACACCGGGCCUCUCUGGUGGCUCGCCUCUUUUCCUGCUCCCAUGAUACAAGGAUCCCUAGGCAGAUGUCCCCACCCCUUGUCUGCCCCCUGACUGGUAUUAAUGGGGAGCCAAGUCCAGUAUUAGUCGAAUGCCAUCUUGCCAGCUCCACUCAACCAGCCCACAAUGUUGGCAAGCUCUGCUUGGCAGUUGGAAAGUGGACUCCAUGGCAGGACUGACGUCCCCUCCUGUUUGCAUAACCCCCCCCCUUACUGUAUUGUACAUACAGAAUUUGAGGUUUAUUUUUUAAUGAGUGUUCAACUUGCAGUGUGUUUCAACAUGGUGAAAGAAAUUAAUGAUACGGUAUUUAUAAAGGUGCCCUGGGUUCUUUAGUCUUCCAAGGGGGGCCGCAUGCCCUUUCCCAGUGUUUCUUCCAUUGCUAGGGUGGAGCUGGGAGCCUGGCGGAAGGGACUGGUAAAGCCCAUGUUCCUUCCCAUGGUGGUAGAGAGCUACUGUCUUCCCUACGGUAAAUAUUAUACACCUACCUCCAGUGUGCACACGGGGGUUAGCACGGUGCCGGGGUCUGCAAUGACCUCAGUGACAAGAUGGGGACCUCAGCCCCCACAUCUAUAGCUCUGUCUGGUCUUGGUGCCUGCUGAGCAUGAAUCUUGCACCCUGAACCUUGAAUCUCAGAAGGAAAUUCAGGCGGUGGGUGCCUCCACCCCCAUCUAGCCUUCCUCACUGGUUCCUGAGGCUGUCAAUGCGGCUCUCAAGUCUUUUUGCACUAGGGCGGGCAGAGGUGGGAUUUGCUCCUUAGAUGCCUCUCCAGUAUUCAGUGUCCACACUUCCUGGGAUAAAUCCCACCUCUGGGUUUUCCUUUUUGGGGAGAGGGGCAGGGCAGGAAUUUGAAGCUGUCACUUCCUUGUGAAGUGUUAACAUAGUUUAGCCAUAGGCAGUUAUGAUGUCCAGUGUUUGGGAUCUAUGGGCAAGUAGUUUUCCCAAAGCAGGCAUUCAGUUCUAGAGCAGGCUUGACUCUGGCCAAACCCUGAGCUACUGUGAAUUUGCUGGUGGUCUUCCGACUUACUGGAGUGAUUUUUAGGUUUUCCAAAUCUUUUUUAUCUCUAGCUGAUAGACCGCAUGUAGUUAGGUGUACAUACAGCAGACUCUGGGCAGUUUUAUUCCUGAGACUGGCAUUCCUGGGCAGCUCUUUGAUGUCAGCACCUCAGACCUGGUGGGGCCUGGCCCUUUCCUGAGAGCUCCAGCUCUGCAUUCCAGUCACUCCAGCAUUGCAGGGACUCUCUCAAGAUGGAGGACAGGCUGCCUGAGGAAGUCCAGUGUGUUCCACCAGGAAAUACAGUGUAUAGACUGGCAAGGCCUCUCCCCUCCUAGGUGUGUCUCACUAUAGGAGAUCGAUGUGAACCGGGUAGUUAAGAAUAUGCUAAUUUAAAAUGCACAUAUUUUGCAUUUGAUUUCUACAGAGUUGAAAUGUUGAGAGAUUUAAAAAAAAAUAAAGUGUCUUCCAUUGUUAAACGAA